AUGGGCCAUCACCAUUCCAAGGAGCAGGCACAUUUUCGCAAACUCGUCGCGCAGAAAGGAUUGUUGAAGUUACCCGUGGGAAGCGAAGUGGAAAGAUUGUUCUAUGAGGACUUUGAUGGGGAUGCGAAGGAGAAGGGAUGGGAGAGUGCCGGGCGGACUCCUGUCACGCCGGCGGGUGGAUCGGGGGAGGAAGUGUUGAAAGGGAGUAAAGCAGCCGCCGAAGUCUCGGGGGAUCGAUGGGCGCCUGUGAAGUUGGAACAGGCAAAGGAAGAGGAUCCGCGGACCGUGGCGAUGGAUGCUCUUGUUGAGCAGAAGAAUCCUUCUUCGAGAUUACAGCCUGUACCUAUACCUCUCGCCUCGGAAGCGCUGGCUCAAUCUAUGCAGCGUACGGCGAGUGAUCCCGGACAUUCGCGUCCACUGGCUGGAAUGCCUCAGAGAGGGAGUUCUCUCUGCCUUGGCAAGACGAAGAGUCCGUCGAUGCUGGAUCCAGGCUAUCUACCACCUUCCAUUCCCCUCGCUACAACCACCAACAACAACAACACCACCACAACCCCCGAAACGCAGUACGAUGCCCCCACGUCGCGAUGGCAAGCUCGCAUCUCCAAGCGCCUCUCCGAUCGACAGGCAAAUGACGACGAAAAGGUGCGACUCUCGCUGCAGAGUCCUCACCAACAGAUCUCGGCGGAGGACCGGCUCCGCUUGAGUCAGAUCACGACUGCUUACAGUGCCAUUCCGAUUGCCGGGCAAGGAUGGGAGGAGAGGGUGCGGAUUAGUGGGAGUACGUUGACGGGGAGUGGAGGGGCUGGUAUUGAGGGGACGAUGAAGGAGGGGAGGGAAGAGUUGGUCGUCAGGAGGGUCUCGAGUUCUGUUAGUAGCAUGGCCGGAGAGGAAGGGGAGAAGAGAUGA